AUGAUCACUUCGAGUUCGCUCACGGCCAACUUGACGCCCGCAGAAAAAUUCCUGAAAUUCACAGGCCUCACGAUCCCAGACCCGCCGUCGGCGCGGCCGGUCGAAGCGACGAGCAACCCAGAGGUCGCUCUCACGCGUGUCGACGCCGACACCAGAUAUUGCGGGCCCACGGCCAAGUCGGAGUUUGUCCAGCUCUUUCGCACGAUGGUGUCGCGCCAGCACUUGAGCGUCGAGCCGCGAAGCAACGCGCGCACGCUCCCAGAGCUCGACCUUGCCGCUUACAAGGCCGUGAUCCCCGGGGACGACGACGAACCCGACUUCGACACGAUGCUCUGCGAGCCGUUCACAGCGCGCCACGAGUUUGCUUCGCGGUGCCUCGAGCGCGAGCUGCCACCGAGCGCGGGCCUCUUGCUGCGCAAGACGCAGACGGCAGAGAUCGACAUUAGCCACUAUGGCAUGGGCGACGACCUUGCCAGAGUCUGGGCUGCGUCGAUUGUCGACGUGCCCAACGUAACGAGCUUGAACCUCCGCAACAACCGCCUCACAGACGCAGGGCUGCCCAGCAUCAUCGCCGCGCUGAUUGCCAAGCCAUGCAUCGCAAUUCUCGACCUCUCCGAGAACAAGCUUGACUCGGAGUGCGUGGACGCGCUCGCAACGUAUCUGCAGUCGCCCGUGUGCGCGCUGCAGGAGCUUCGCAUGAGCCACGCCGAUGUCGACGACGCUGAGAUUGGUCCCGUGGUGCACGCGCUGUACUUGAACCAGUCACUGCACCUCCUCGACUUGUCGCACAACCUCUUGGGGUCCCACGAGCGGCGGCGCAAGACGCCCCGGGGCACGACCCUUGUCGGUGGCGAGGCCAUUGGUGCCAUGCUCGAGGCCAACACGACGCUCCGGUCGCUGGAUCUGUCGUGGAACACGCUGCGGCUAUCGGGCGCGGUGGCCAUCGGUCGCGGCCUCGGACGCAACUCGUCGCUGCUCGAGCUCAACCUCUCGUACAAUGCGAUUGGCGAGACGGGCGCGGCGGCCGUCGGUGUCGCGCUCGGCAGCAACGCAGCGAGUAAGCUCGAGCGCGUCGACCUUAGCGACAACAACGUCUCGGCGCAGGCGGCGCUCGUCUUGUCGCAAACGAUCCUCGUCAACGCACGGCUGCGCUUCCUCAUUCUCGACGGCAACCCGCUGGGAAGCCAAGGCGGUCGGUCGCUCUUCCACGCGCUUGCGCAGUGCCCCAACAAGCAGCUCCGGAUCUCGAUGCAGCGCUGCAACUUUGACUUGAAUGUGCACAACGCGAGCAAGUUCAACCCGGACGACGUCAGCGGCCAGUACGAGUUGGACCUCGUGGUGCCGUACGAGCGCAGCAUCGCGAUCGAGCUCGUGCGCUGUGCGACGCGGAAGAACGGGUGUCGCUUCCGGUCAAUUCUGUUCGUGCCCCCACGAGGCAAGGCAGGUCGCCGCAUAUCGGUCAAGCCGAUUCCCGUGCACGUGGUGCUCGCGACAACGUCGCCGCCAGGUAUGCUGGGCACGGCCGAGCCCCAGAGCCGGGACGCGCUCGAGGCGCUCUUCCAUCAGCUCGACUGCGAUACAUCCGGUACGAUUGACGAGGCAGAGCUCGCCCGCGGCAUGCGGCGUCUGGGCCUCGACGCGCGCGAGGGUGACGUGCGAAAGCUGCUGACGCGCUACGACCUCGAUGGGUCUGGCACGAUCGAAGUCGGCGAGUUUGUCGACAUGAUGGGGUGGCUGUACCGCCAAGCCGCCCUCAAGCUCCAGGCGCAGUCGGUGCGGCAGCUCAUGGACGUACGCACGAACGAGCCGUUGGAGGUGCCUACCUCGGGCCAUUGGAUCGUCGACUUUGUGGAUCUGCGGCUCCCGGCAGAUGCGGUCGAAGCCGAGACGCUCACGGUCGUCGGUCUCGACCACCUUUUGCGCAACAUCCAGGAAAACGCCAACAAGUACACCGCCCAUCUCGGGUACAUCGACGGCGUGCAGCUUCUCCACGUGGCCAAGCAAGGCAUGGUGCUCUCGAGCGCGCAAGCGCAAACGAUUCUCGACCACAUCAUGGAAGGGCUCGAUACGGUGCACGCCAUGGCGUCGCUUCUGCCGUACAUGAUCGACUGCCGCAACGCCUGUGUCUUUAUCGACACCAACCUCAGCGAAGCCGCGCGCGGUCGGCUCCAACAUCUGCUUUUGCAAGCGUAUGGCCCCAUCGUGGGCAUGGCGUCCGACCACUACAAGCUCGACCUCGCCGACGCGCUCGACCGGUCCACCGCCAAGAAGCUCCUUGAAAUGAACAACAAGUGCGCGCUCGAGUGGCCGACGAUGCACCCAAUCAAGCCGACCGACGAGCGCUGCUUCCGCAACGCGUACCACAGCGGCAGCGCCGUCACGUUGGAUGCGAAAAUGCUCACGUGGCGCUUUGGUGUGCUCGAGUUUGACUUUGUGCAUCGGGUGCGCCCGCCCAAAGGCACGCUACCGCUCUCCUCGACCCGGUUUGCCCAAGUGCUCGCCAAGCUCCAGAUGGACCCGACCAAAGACACGCCCAAGUGGCGCAAAAUGGGCAAAGACGGAGUCGUCCAUCGGUCCCCCAAGGUCUACGAGCGCCUUCGAGAGCUCCGACAGAUGAAGCACGUGCCACCGGCAGUCGACCGCGCGGCCAUCACGUGCAAUGGCGAGAACGGCACCGAGGUCGUUCUCACGAGCCGCCGACUGCUCAUGGAGCUCCAAGCCGCGCUGUGCACGCGCUACGUGAACGCGCAGCAGGUGCGUGGCAUCCUGCUGCAGUGGCCGCCCGAGUUUGCCGCCAGCCGCGUCGACGCACUUGUGUUGAUGUUCGACCGUCUCGUGGACUUGCAUCACUUUUACCAGAUUGAAGCGAUCUUGACCGAGGCCGAAGUCGCGCAGUGCUUGCACCGCCUCGGCUGGCUCAACACGUGGACGCCGCUGCUUCCGGAAAUGUACUAUGAGCUCGACAUGGCCAUCUACGAAGAACGCGAAAUCGCGAAGUAUUUGAUUGCGCUCGCGCUCGCCGAGCCGGGGGAAAACUGGAUCGGCGAGACCUUUGGAUGGACGCUCGACACGACGAUUCCAGGCUGGAAGCUCAACGCGCAGUGGACGAGCGACGAGACGAUGCCUCGAAAAGGCAUCCUGCGCCUCGAGUACUACUCGGGCGCGAACCAGGGCUGCUCGCCGAUCUGGCACGUGCGCCAGAAGCUCUGCAGUCACAUGCUCGCGCACCCGCUGACGCCAGACGAGCUCGACGCCUUCCGCACCACUGUCACCAUGUGACCAUCAAUGCCACGCGUUUAAAAGUCCGCAGCAGUACAUACUCAAACCGUC